AGGGUUUUUCCAAGGUGAGUGUGUCGUGUUGUCUGGUCGAAGCCGCCUAAGUGUAGAGAGAGCCAAAAGCCAAACGAAAUGAAGACCAUUCUUUCUUCAGAGACGAUGGACAUCCCCGAUGGGGUUAGCAUCAAAGUGAAGGCGAAGCUGAUCGAGGUUGAGGGACCCAGGGGAAAGCUCACCCGCAACUUCAAGCACCUCAACCUUGACUUCCAUCUGAUCAAGGACGAGGAGACCGGCAAGCGCAAGCUCAGAAUCGAGGCUUGGUUCGGUUCCAGGAAGACCAGCGCCGCCAUUCGCACCGCUCUGAGCCAUGUCGAGAAUCUCAUCACCGGUGUCACCAAGGGAUAUCGAUACAAGAUGAGAUUUGUUUAUGCUCACUUUCCCAUCAACGCCUCCAUUACUAACGGCAGCAAGUCCAUCGAGAUCCGUAACUUCCUUGGCGAGAAAAAGGUGCGUAAAGUGGAUAUGUUGGAAGGGGUUUCUAUUGUUCGAUCUGAGAAGGUCAAGGAUGAGAUCGUUUUGGAUGGUAAUGAUAUCGAACUUGUCUCACGCUCGGCAGCUUUGAUAAACCAGAAAUGCCAUGUGAAGAACAAGGAUAUUAGAAAGUUCCUUGAUGGUAUCUAUAUUAGCGAGAAGGGCAGGAUUGUUGAAGAGGAAUGAUUGCUUAAGUGAUAGUUAUAGUGUUGUUUUACUUAGUAAUAUGUUGGACCUUGGUUUUUGUUUUCUUUUUUGUCUUUCACUGGAUUCCGGCUGCUGCAGGAUUACAAGGAUGUUAUCUUUAUGUGUUUUUUUUGAAAAUUUUGGAUAUCUAUUUGUUCUCUGGUUUUCUGAUUAUGUCAUAUUGCAUAAUUAGCUAUUGCAUUUUAA